UUAUACCAACGUUAAUAUGUACAAACAAAAAACGUUGGUGGGGAUUUAAAAUCUGUCAUACGUCAAGUUGACGCAGUCGUGUAAAAGUCGCGAAAACGUUCUAAACGCUAACGGAAUCAUGUCACGAAAAAUUUUAUCACGAAUCACAUAUAAAUCCCAAAAACCUAAACCUCACAUAUGACCAUUAAAUAGUUUAUCAUCUUAAUGGAAGUACCAUUAACAGUGCAAACAUCACCAUCGACUCUUCUGAAGGGUUCUUUUCGUCACCUGUAUCGAAAACGAGAUCGCGCGAAUCAAUUCACCAAGAAUUAAGUGAAGUGGUCCCUACAAUCACGGCUAAUAUACUCCCAUCUAUAUAGAUAAGAGGACAGCACGCGGAAUGUUCGCGCCUUAAUUAAACGGCGAUAACGCGGGGGAAAUGAGCGCGACUGCCGAGAAAAGGGUCUCUUCGUUUAGUUACACAACGUCCGAUUCGCAAAAUUUAAAUGAAUAUCACGAUGAAGAUGCAGCACAGUGUUCGCACGAAGUCCAGCUUUAUUUGGCGCAGUUAUCACAAAAAUCGGGUUGUUGGGGUGGGUGUAUUCCUGUUCCUUUUGAAAGAGCCGCAAGGAAAUCUUGGUGGGAUCCUAUGUUCGAUUCGGAAAUUUUAGAGGAACAAUUUAAGAAAAGUGCUUUAUCCCAUAAUACACAUAAAUUUAGAUACGGACUUUUCUAUAUCCUUCUGGUAUCGUUCGUUUGGUUUCUGUAUUUCCUCUGUAUUGGAAUAACGACAGAAAUACCAAAUUGGCCUACGCAAUGCGCAAUCUUAGCCGUUUUCACCGUUGUAAUAAUUCUACUCAUUUUUUUAACAUUUACGAAAUUUUGCAUACAAAGAUUAUCAACAAUUUCGUUAUGCACAGUGUUGGCUUUGUGUGUAACAAGAAUAUUUUUCGUAAUUCCAUUAAUCCCGGAUGAAAAAAACGGAACUCUUCCAAUAAUCGGACACGUUGGAAAAUUUUCAAUAUGCGCCGAAAUUUUAAUGCUAAUUUUUACAAUAUUCCCGUUAAGAUUUUAUAUUUGUAUAGUAAUAAGCGUUACCUACACCGCGUUAUUUGAAAUAGUAACGUGGCUUUCAAGUCGUAACGAUUACGACUUUAAAACAGUUACCAUAAGAUUAAUGGUACAUUUUUGUAUACAUUUAAUCGGAAUUCAUAUAUUAAUUAUGAAUAAUAUUCGGAUGAGAAACACGUUUAUGAAAGUUGGUCAAAGUUUAUUAGCUCGAAGCCAGCUCGAAAAAGAGCAGAUAUUAAAAAAAGAAAUGAUUUUGUCGUUAAUGCCGCCGAGUGUAGCAAGUUGGUUAAUGAACGAUGAUCGAAAAGACGGUAAAGAACCGAGAUAUUCCGACCCAGAAACCGGAGACAUCGCAAAAUCUUUAUUUCGACCGUUUAAUAUGAUUCGAAUCGAAAACGUUAGUAUUUUAUUCGCGGAUAUUGUUGGUUUCACAAAAAUGUCCAGCACAAAAACUGCCGAAGAACUCGUUGUAAUUCUCAACACUUUAUUCCGAAGCUUUGAUAUUUUAUGUCGAGAACAUCAUUGCGAGAAAAUCUCAACGUUAGGAGAUUGUUAUUAUUGCGUUUCCGGCUGUCCGGAUCCAGUCCCGGAUCACGCAAAAUGUUGCGUUGAAAUGGGUUUAAGCAUGAUUAAAGCAAUUAAAGACUUUGAUACAACAUAUAAUGAAGGUAUUAAUAUGCGUGUUGGUAUUCACACGGGAACGAUUUUAUGUGGAAUCGUCGGAACGAAACGGUUCAAAUUUGAUGUUUGGAGUAACGAUGUCACCUUAGCAAACACAAUGGAAUCGACGAGCAAACCCGGAAUGAUUCAUAUUUCAGAAACAACAAGAAAAUUUUUAGACGACGAUUAUUUAUUAGAAGAUGCCCCCCAAGUCUCCGGCUUAAAAACUUAUUUAAUUCUCGGAAAAACAAUAAACACAAUUCAUUCCAGAAACAGUAGUUUUAAACGGGAUGAAACUAAAUUACAUAAUUCAGUGCAAUUAAAGAUUUCGCCAGCUCCAUCCCCUCCGUCGUUAUCACCCCAAACCCGACCUAGAGUACUAUCUUGUGAUAAUUCGCUAAAACCCACGACAGAUCCAAACUUUUUAUCUCCAGAUGCGUGUAGAGUAAAAGCGAGUAGUUUACCAAGCAUUUUAGAUUCUGAAAAUGAACAAGAUUUCGAUCCGGAACAAAAAGAACAGGUGAAAACGCCAACAUCAACGGCGAGCUCAGGGAAAUAUUCAAUGAAAUUAAAAAGCUGGAGGAUACCAAAGUUUUUAAAAAAGAACGAACUAAUCGAAACGAACAACCAAGACGAAUACCAACAAGUACCAAUAAUCGUUGAAGAUCAAACUUUAAACGGUAAAAAAAUUGAUUCAACAUCUUGGACUAAUCUUAGUAAUUGUUUCGACGAACACACCGAUGUUUUAUUUGACGAACACAAAGAUGGGAUUGACGUUAAAUCGUAUAUUAGUCAGUCAAGAAGUGAUAUUGGUGCUUACGAUUUUACACCGAACGAUUACGCCGCACAUUUUAUACGCACAGGAAGUUACCGAUCGCAAUACGGUAGACAAAAUGAAUUAGUUUAUCUAUCCAGAGCGGGAAGUAAUCGUUCGAAACGCGGAAAAUCUCCCGUUUUCGAAAAUUUAUCAGGCGAACGUGCCAAGAGUAUCACCGUACCAAAUUUUGAAAGACCGCACAAGACCUCACUUGAAGUGCCACAUCGACUUUCGACAAUAUUACUUGACGAUCAACUCAGUGUCGCUCAUUCUAUUAAUAGUAGAAAGGAUUCUGGGAUAAGAAGUAAUAGUAGAAAAAGUAGUAUUCAACAG